AUGAGUGGAUUAGGAGAAAACUCCUUGGACAGCUUGACCAGUGAGUCAAGGAAGCGCAAGCCAUUACCCUGUGAUACACCAGGUGCAAGUCUGACCUGCAGUGGUGAGAAGCGUCGGCGUGAGCAGGAAAGCAAAUACAUUGAAGAACUGGCUGAGCUGAUAUCUGCUAAUCUGAGUGACAUUGACAAUUUCAAUGUCAAACCAGACAAAUGUGCUAUUUUAAAAGAAACUGUGAGACAGAUUCGACAGAUAAAAGAGCAAGGAAAAGCAGUUUCUAAUGAUGAUGAUGUUCAGAAAGCUGAUGUAUCUUCUACGGGUCAAGGAGUUAUUGACAAGGAUUCAUUGGGACCUCUUUUAUUACAGGCAUUGGAUGGCUUCCUGUUUGUUGUAAAUCGAGAUGGGAACAUAGUAUUUGUGUCAGAAAAUGUCACACAGUAUCUGCAGUAUAAACAAGAAGAUUUGGUUAAUACAAGUGUCUAUGGGAUCUUGCAUGAAGAGGACCGGAAGGACUUUCUCAAAAACUUACCUAAAUCUUCAGUUAAUGGAGUUGCUUGGACCAGUGAAAUGCCUAGACAAAAGAGUCAUACAUUCAGUUGCCGGAUAAUGGUGAAAAGCUCUCAUGAUCUUUUGGAAGAUGCAGGCAGCCACCAGGAUAUGCGUCAAAGAUAUGAAACCAUGCAGUGCUUUGCUUUGUCUCAGCCGAGAGCCAUGAUGGAAGAGGGAGAAGAUUUGCAGUCCUGCAUGAUUUGUGUGGCGCGUCGUAUCACAACUGCAGAAAGGGUGUUUUCGACAAAUCCAGAGAGCUUUAUUACACGACAUGAUCUUUCAGGCAAACUUGUCAACAUCGAUACAAACUCAUUACGAUCUUCCAUGAGACCUGGCUUUGAAGAUAUAAUUCGUCGGUGUAUCCAGAGGUUCUUAUGCCAUAAUGAUGGACAGUCAUGGUCAAACAAACGCCACUAUCAUGAAGCUUAUACACAAGGUCAUGCUGAAACCCCAUUGUAUCGGUUUUCUUUAGCGGAUGGUACCAUAGUGACAGCACAAACAAAGAGUAAACUGUUUCGAAACCCUGUAACUAAUGACCACCAUGGAUUUGUCUCUACCCACUUCCUUCAAAGAGAACAAAAUGGAUAUCGGCCAAAUCCUAAUUCCGUUGGGCAAAACAUCAGAACACCUGUGGCUGGAAACACGAAUUCUGUUGGUGGACUUAUGAACAUGUCACCUGGUCAAGGCAUACCAAUGCAGAACAGGAGCUAUGGCAUGGGAGAUCCCAGUGCAGUGGGUCAGCUCAGUGGCACUCGAUAUGGAGGCCCUGGCAAUAUGGGGCCAGUGAACUCUGGACCUGGAAUGCAGUCCUCUGCUUACCAGAACAACAGUUAUGGGUUAAAUAUAAGUAGCCCACCACAUGGUAGUCCUGGUUUAACUUCCAACCAGCAGAAUCUAAUGAUAUCUCCCAGGAGUCGAGGGAGUCCAAAAAUGAAUUCACACCAGUUUUCUCCGGUUGCAGGUAUGCACUCACCAAUGGGAUCUGCCAGCAACACUAGCAACAGCACUUUCUCUAGCAGUUCUCUUAGUGCUUUGCAAGCCAUUAGUGAGGGUGUUGGAAAUUCCCUUUUAUCAACACUUUCUUCACCGGGUCCAAAAUUGGAUAAUUCCCCAAACAUGAGCAUAACUCAGCAAAGUAAAACAAGUACCCAGGACUCCAAAAGCCCUUCUGGUUUGUAUUGUGAACAAAACCAAGUGGAAAGUUCCAUCUGCCAAUCAAACAUUAGUGACAAAGAUAGUAAAGAGGGAAAUCUGGAGGCAUCUGAAAGUCAGAGAGGACCAUCUGAGAGCAAAGGACAUAAAAAGCUCCUUCAGCUCCUCACAUGCUCCUCAGAUGAAAGAGGACAUUCUGCAGCAUCGAGCUCACCUCUAGACUCAAAUUGUAAAGAAUCUUCGACGAGCAUUACCAGUCCCUCAGGAGUUUCCUCAUCAACAUCUGGAGGGGUAUCUUCCUCCUCAAACAUGCAUGGGUCACUCCUGCAAGAGAAGCACAGGAUCUUACAUAAAUUGUUGCAGAAUGGUAAUUCUCCUGCAGAGGUAGCCAAGAUCACAGCUGAAGCUACUGGUAAAGACAUGUAUCAUGAUGCUAGUAACACAACCUCCUGUGGAGAAGGCGUCGUCAAACAGGAACAACUGAGCCCAAAGAAGAAGGAAAACAAUGCUUUACUAAGAUACCUGUUGGAUAAGGAUGAUGUUAAGGACCCUCUUUCCAAAGAGUUGAAGCCUAAAGCAGAAAGUGUGGAUAAUAAGAUGGGACAAUGCACUAGUUCUACAAUCCCUACUUCUAGUCAAGAAAAAGAGAUGAAAAUAAAAAUGGAGCCAGGAGAGGAGAUUAAUGGAGACUUGGAUAAUUUGGAUGCAAUUCUAGGUGAUCUGACUAGUUCAGAGUUUUACAAUAAUGCUAUGUCUGCAAAUGGAAAUAACCUUGGCACAAAGCAAUCAUUAUUUCCAGGAAAUACCUUGUUGGGAAUGAAGGGUCCCCAGCCUAUGCAAACUCCUCAUCCACCUUUCAACAGAGCCGUGUCUUUAGACAGCCCUGUGGGCUCAGGUGCUCCAGUGAGAAAUGUCAAUGCGUUCUCCAUGUUGCAAAAGCAAAACGUGAUGGGUGGAAGUCCAAGAAUGAUGGAAAACCAAGAAAGUUUUGGAGCAAAUCUGGCAAGCGCUCCCAACAGAAACGUGGCGAUGAACCAGCAUCAGUCAGGAGACUGGGGUUUGCCAAACUCCAAGGUGAACAGAUUGGAGCCUACAAGUUCCGCUCCGCUGCUGAGAGCGGGACCCGAGUUGAGCGCGGCCCUGCCCAGAGCCGCGGCGAGCG